UGGAUCUGACCAAUACUCAUAGACGUCGGACACAAGAGUUAUUUCAUCCUGGACAUUGGCAUCGUGAGCAUCGUUUGCUGAAAGGUCCAGCGAUGUGUAAUAUGAUCAGAGACGGAACAGCGCCGCAACAUUCCCAGGACGAUUCAGCUAUAUCAUAUGGAAUAUAUAGUUCAUUAAAUAACACAUGUAAUAAAUGUUGUAAUCGUGAUUGUGAGAAUAGUUUCAUUCAUAUAGAUAAAAUAUAUCAUCAAAAAUUUAUACCUGCACAAAACACGUGUUGGGAUUGUAAUACACUAAGACGAUAUUCGGUCAAGCCUAAAAUGUUCCGGACUUUAGGUCACUGUGUUUUGUUUGUAUUGUUUGUUUUUACUUGUUUUGGAAUAUUAUAUGGAAAUUCAACACGACAAAACAAAACAUUCAUCAGUGAAGGUGAUAAUGAAAUAGAUCUUGGAGGACCAUCAAAAUUUCAAGUCGAAAAUUAUUUAUCUCGGGGAGUAUCUUUAGAACAAUUUAGAACUUUGUCAAGGAAGGCAAAAAGUUUUCGUGAUAUUUAUAGAAUGUUUAUCCAAAAGAAAAACGUAACUGAUGCUCAAAUCGAUGAAAUAUUAACAACAAGGACAUUAAAAGACACAAUUCGGAAGAAAGAAAUUGAUUACGAAGGUGAAAAUUAUGAUGAUCCUAAUCCAAUAGAUGAUGAUCUUCAAAGAGUUGCUGAUGAGGCAUUUUUGCAUUACUUGGCAGUAAAAGAACACCCUUUAGGAAGUUGUAAUGAUCCCACACCGGAACUACAUCAUAUACCACCAGAAGGAAAUAAAUUAUUUUUCCCAGAAUACACUAUUCUUCAUGUAUGUCGGAAUGUAAGCGGAUGUUGCUGGAAUCCAAGUCAAGAAUGUGGAGAAAAAGAUAUAGAAAUAAUAACAAAGCCAUUUAUUGUAGCAGAAAUCCAGCAUUCCCAGAGAGGUGACGAGGUCAAUAUACCAGAUUCUAACAAAGUAGAAGUCAAAUUUUUCAAAAAUGUCACUCGGUGUGGGUGUAAAGAUUUGAAGCCUUUACCUAAAUGCGAUAAACACUGUCCAUUUCCAUUCAUCAAGAAAAGACCCGGAUUUGAAUGUGUGUGUGACUGUAACGAUGAUACACUUCAAUGCUUAAAAAUUAAGUUUGGGAUAGAGCCAUUGAAUGGUGAAGAUUUUGACUGUGUUAAAAGUGGUCGGUGUAUAAAGCCUUUAUGUGAUUCUGGUGCAUUUGAUAUGAGAAAAGGAUAUUGCGAAGGGACUCCAAAUGCACGGUAUAAUGUACAUGUACUAUACACCACCAGACGAUCAAAGCGUAGAGCUAUAACUUCUUCGCACCGAAAGCAGUAUACUAAAUUUAGAUUUUUUCAAGAAAGAGACCGGAAGUCAUAGAAUAUUGAUUUUAUAAAAUCUGACAACGUUAUUGUUUACUACCUCAACAUUUUGUGCCAUACAUUUCAUCGCCUUAUUAAAUUAUAUCAAGUAAACACUUCUGAAUGAUAUGUUGGAUGGCCAGAGAUCAACAUCAUAACUUGACAAUCAUAGAACGCUAGAAUCGGCUGCGGAAUAAGGAGACGUAAUCAACAUAAUGGUUUGAUAUUUGUUCACUACUUCACGUUUAAAUAUACCAUUGAGUGUUUCUUGGUUACUAUGUCUCCAGCUAAAACUAGCAGGAUUAGUGUUGUCCAAAAUUAUUUAACACAUGUCUUUCCGUUCUUCGAAGUAUUGGCGAACAUUUUCUACAACUGCUGAAUCUUAUAUUCUUUAUUCGAAUAAUGAUAGUUCAAUGGUAAUUUUAAACGCUGUGUAACUGCAUGUAAUUGUUCCGUUUGAUCGGUUUAUCUUCCAUUUACUGAAAAAUUUAUCAUAAGAGUAAAAACAUUCAAUGAGAAUAACAAUUGGCGAUUGAUUGACAGCUGAAAGUGAGAUGCACAUUUAUUUUUGAAAGUUUUUGUAUAAAAUAACUUAUCUCAAUGAUUAAAUGACAAAGUGUGAAACAAUUUACUUUAAUUUCAUUAUAGCGGAAUGAAUCUCUAACAGACAUUAGUGAUAUUAAGAUAUAUUUGUAUGCCUAGAUUGAUAUAUGUGAUAUGAUAAUAUACGUACUCAGUAAGCAUACUUUUAGAAGUCCUGUUCGACUUCUGUGAUUCCUCAGAAUUCAAGAUUAAAAAAAAUGAUUAAUAUAUAUAAGAGUUAACUUUUGUUAUUUUUUUCCACAAUCUAUUUUCAUUUAUCAACAUUGAAGUAUUUUAAUAUAAUUGCGCUUUUAUAUAUUCUAAUGAAAUAGUAUACAUGCAUACGGUCAAUGGGGUAGAGAACGUAUA